UCUUCUCUCUCUCUCCCUCUUUCUGGGUUAAGUUAAAAAGAAACCAUAAACAAAUAACCAUUAUAUUCAUCCUAGAUAUAAGCAUGGGGAGAGCACCCUGUUGUGAUAAAGAUGGACUGAAGAAAGGGCCAUGGACGCCGGAAGAAGACCAAAAGCUCGUUGAUUAUAUUCAGAAACAUGGAUGUGGAAACUGGAGAACACUCCCCAAGAAUGCCGGGCUGCAGAGGUGUGGAAAGAGCUGCCGUCUCCGGUGGACGAAUUAUCUGAGGCCGGAUAUUAAAAGAGGAAGGUUUUCUUUUGAGGAAGAAGAGACAAUCAUUCAGCUGCAUAGUAUAUUAGGAAACAAGUGGUCUGCAAUUGCUGCUCGCUUGCCGGGAAGAACUGACAACGAAAUCAAGAACUACUGGAAUACUCACAUUAGGAAAAGGCUGCUAAGAAUGGGGAUAGACCCUGUCACCCAUAGCCCCAGACUUGAUCUUCUUGACCUUUCCUCAAUCCUUAAUACGCCAUCACCACUGUAUAACUAUCCCUGUCAGCAAAUCAACCUUUCAAGAUUGUUGGGCCUACAACAGCCCUUGCUAAACCCUCAUGUUCUAAGGUUGGCCAGUUCUUUGUUUUCGCCGCCGGUGCAGCAGCAGCGCCACGGCCUGAACCCAGAAUUUGGCUUGCAGAAUAAUAAUGCCGGCGUUGUUCAAGAAAACCAAAUGUGCAAUUUGGAAAACCCGGGAUUUCUGGCCGCCCAAGAUGUUCCGUUUUCUUGCCCACAAUCUGUCACUCAAGAACAAACUGAAUUACCCGUUCAGACAGAUGUUACCUUUUCUCAAAUGACGCAACAGCCUGAUAAUGUGGACCAAUUCCCACCCCACUUUGCCAGCUUCCCAAUAGGAAAUUGCCAAGAAAACGAAUGGCAAAGUAAUGGGAUCCCUUCAAGUUUGACGGAGGACUAUUUGCCAUUAGAAAACUACGGCUACUACCAACCAGCCGCCGCCGAUCCUCAAUCCGUCAUGGAUCCUCCGCCGUCCGACGCUUCCACGUUCUGCCGGAGCUUCCAAUCCGUUUUGUCAACGCCGUCGUCAAGCCCCGCUCCACUGAACUCCAACUCCACGUACAUCAACAGUUGCAGUACUACGACGAUGGACGACGAGAUAGACAUUAGCUACUCCAGCAACUUAAUCGACUUUGAUUACUCAAGUAUUUUGGAAGUUAAUGAAUUCAUGUAAUUGUUCCAAAAUGGUUGAUUCCAAGGAAUAGAUCAGAUAUGAUGUUUAAUUAU